AUGGAUCAUACAUUAACAAUAAAUAAUGAUUUACAUUCAGCUGACAAUAAUAAACAUGAAGAAAGAAUUACUUCACAAGAAACAGUCUGUAGAAGUUCGAACAUCAAAACGAAAAUGCUUGAUAAUUUCUAUGAUUAUAAUUAUUUUGAUUGUGCUAAUCGCGGUUUUAGUUCCAACAAUCAUUUUCACAACGAAGAAGAGAAAUGUGAUAGAGGUAUCAACAAGUGA